UGCCCACAACUCGUUGCCUCCGAUCCGGUCCUCCGAUCCUGAGACAGCAGGCGAAAAGAUGCGCGCGGGCACAAUGACACCCGCGAGCAAUAAGCUCCCCGCCAUUUCCCAGCAGCACCAGCGGGGUCUUCCGGGUGGACCCCUACCUCUGCUGAUUGGCUGGAGGUUGCCGCCACGUGAUCCAGAAACGGAUUCGGCCGCUGCUUUUCCCACCCCGUGAUGUCCCCCUCCCCACUCCAAGGUCGCUGGAGGCGGAGGGCAGGUUUCCUAGGCAACAGCAGCUGGUCGCGUACACACACCAGGCCCUGGAUUAGAGAGGGUGUCGUGCCUGCUGUUGCAAGAUAGGGAUUAGGAAAUCGGAGUGGACUCUGCUCUGUCUCGGAUUGCCCGGGAAUCCAUCCUCUUUCUGGGAUAAGAUAUAUUAUGACCUUUAUUUUUAACGGAAGAUGAUUGAAUGUGAAAACCUAAACCAAGAAGAAAUAAUUAAGGAACUGUGUUUAUGCAAUGGUUUGUCUUACGAGAUGGUUGGACAAGAAGGAUCAGAUAUUUCAGAACUGGAGAUGUUUUUCUCAGGGUAUCCCCGUAUAGUUGGAUUAUCAUUAUUUCCUAAUCUAACGAGUCUCACCAUUGUUGCUCAAGAUAUAAAGGAAAUAUCAGGACUAGAAACUUGUUUACGGCUUAAAGAACUUUGGAUUGCCGAAUGCUGCAUAGAGAAAAUUGGAGGUCUUCAAGAAUGUAGAAAUUUAGAAAAAUUGUAUUUAUAUUUUAAUAAAAUUUCCAAGAUCGAAAAUUUAGAGAAAUUAUUCAGAUUGGAAGUUCUUUGGCUGAACCACAAUACAAUUAAAAAUAUUGAGGGCUUGCAAACUUUGAAGAAUUUAAAUGACCUCAACCUUGCUGGAAAUCUAAUAAGCAGCAUUGGUCGAUGUCUUGAUCCCAAUGAACAACUGGAAAGAUUAAACCUUUCUGGUAACCAAAUAUGUUCUUUCAAGGACCUCACUAACUUAACCAGGCUGCGUCACUUAAAGGAUUUAUGUCUGAAUGAUCCUCAAUAUAAAACCAAUCCAGUUUGUCUGCUGUGUAAUUAUUCCAUACAUGUAUUAUAUCACUUGCCUAGCCUUCAAAGACUUGACACGUUUGAUGUGUCAGCAAAACAGAUCAAGGAACUGGCAGAUACCACAGCAAUGAAAAAAAUAAUGUAUUACAAUAUGCGUAUAAAAACUAUUCAGAGGCAUCUUCAUGAAGACCUUGAAAAAUUGAAUGAACAAAAAUGCAAAUUACAGAAAUUGCCAGAAGAAAGAAUAAAAUUAUUUACCUUUGUGAAAAAAAAUCUGGAACGGGAACUUGCGGAACUCAAGGGAUCUGGCAAAGGGCACAGUGAUAGAUCCAAUAACAAUAAAGUAGCUGAACUUGAAAAAUCAAAGAAGUGUGAAACUGUCACAGAAGAGCCAAAUCUUCAACAGAAGAUACUGACCAAACUAAAUGCCUUGAAUGAAAGGGUAACAUUCUGGAACAAAAAACUAGAUGAGAUUGAAGCAAUUUAUCAUGUUGAAGUAAAACAAAAGAAGAAAAGCCAUGGCUUAUGGAUCCCAUUUUUGUUAAUUGAGUUGGAAACUGUGGGAAAUAUCCACUUUGAAGAAGGCACUCGAUCUGAUGACUGGUUUAACUCCUGCUAUGAACUAAUUCUCUCACGUUUUUGUACCUGGGACUUCAGGCCAUAUGGUAUUACUGGAGUGAAAGUAAAACGUAUCAUCAAAGUUAACAACCGUAUUCUGAGACUAAAAUUUGAAGAGAAACUCCAGAAGUUUCUUGACAAUGAAGAUAUGCAUGAUUCAGAGAGCUAUCGAAAGAUGCUGGAAUGUCUUUUUUAUGUUUUUGAUCCUGAAGUUACAGUGAAGAAAAAGCAUCUGCUACAAAUACUUGAAAAAGGAUUCAAAGACAGUGAAACGAACAAGCUGCCUCUCAGAAAAGAAGCUGUUAUUCUCGCUAACAGCCUAAGUAUGUGUGAGUGUCCCAGAAUUGAAUUUCUACAGCAAAAGUACAAAGAUGAGAAGAACUCUCCUGAGCAUGAGCUCUUCAGGCAUGGCAUCCUCCUCAUUACAAAGGUUUUCCUUGGCCAGAGUGUUCAGGCUCGUGAACAGGACUCCAUCAAUCAAGCUAACUAUCCAAUGGUUAAUUCAGUGUUUGCUCCUCGAAAAUAUUUACUAAAUUCUAUCACGGGACAGAGAAACUGUGAUUGCAGCAUUCGGCAGUGCAAGUGGUUUGUCUUUGAUCAUGAUCUUGUUUUGCCAGAAUACAUCGUUGAAUUUGAGUAUAUUACAAUGGUAAAGCCUCACUCUUUAUUUUCUUCAUUCAACAAUGUUAUUCUAGAAGAAAGCAAAAAAAAUUCAGAAGGAUCAUUAUUGUCUCAGGAUUUGCAAUUUGAUGAUGAAGUUAUAAAAAUGGAUCCCAGGAUCAAGCCCAGACCAAAACUUAUUAAUUUGGAUGAUAAAACAAUACUUUCCCUUGCCAAGACUAACAUUUACAGUCAUAUUGUGAGUCUGAAUCUACAUGGAAACAGCUUGAGUAAAUUGAGAGAUCUCUCCAAGUUAACAGGACUUCGAAAACUUAGUAUCAGCUUUAAUGAAUUUACCUGUUUAGAUGAUGUAUACCACUUGUAUAACCUUGAAUAUUUGGAUGCAAGCCAUAACCAUGUGAUAACGUUGGAGGGAUUCAGAGGUCUGAUGAAACUCAAGCACCUAGACUUGAGCUGGAAUCAACUGAAAAAGUCUGGUGAUGAAAUAAAUAUGUUAUGCAAACACACCGCAAGCCUUCUUACUCUUGAUAUUAGGCAUAAUCCAUGGCAAAAGCCAGCCACAUUAAGGCUGAGUGUUAUUGGCAGAUUAAAGACUCUCACUCAUUUAGAUGGACUCCUCGUUUCUGAAGAAGAAACAAUAGCAGCAAUGAAAUUUAUUACUGAAACAAAGAUUACUCAGUUAUCGCUCUUACGGCAUUCUAGUACUAAAGAGGAGAGACCACGGACACUUAGUAUAUGGCCUUCUGCCAAAAUUCUGACACAGAUUUCAAAGUUGGGACCACAUUUACAUGUGAAUGGAAACUGGUACUUGAAGAUAACUGCUUUAAAUUUAGAUGGGCAACAUCUCUUUGAAAUCACAAAUUUAGAAAAAUUGGAAAAUUUGAAAUGGGCAUCAUUCAGCAACAAUAAUCUCACUAAAAUAGAAGGCUUGGAAUCCUGUGUUAACUUGGAAGAACUCACGUUAGAUGGAAACUGUAUCUCAAAGAUAGAAGGCAUUUCCAAGCUGACUAAAUUAACCCGCCUCAGCAUAAAUAAUAAUCUUCUCAAUGGUCUGGAAAAACAUACUUUUGAUAACAUGCUUCAUCUUCACUCCCUUUCUCUUGAGAACAACAGAAUUACUUCAUUGAGUGGUUUACAAAAAGCUUUUACUCUGAUUGAAUUAUACAUAAGCAAUAACUAUAUUGCUCUCAAUCAGGAGAUCUAUAAUUUAAAGGGUUUAUGCAACCUUGUCAUUCUCAACAUGUAUGGAAACAUUAUUGUAUGGAAUCAAGAAAACUACCGGUUGUUUGUAAUAUUUCACCUUCCAGAACUGAAAGCUUUGGAUGGAAUCUCCAUUGAACCACCAGAGACUGAGUGUGCAAAAGACUUGUUUGGUGGCAGACUUACUUCUGACAUGAUUGCAGAACGACAAGGACAUUCAAACUUCACCCAAAUGCAAGAACUCAGUUGGACUUCAUCAUCCAUCAGAACUGUGGAUUUGAUUCCAGUUGACCAAUUUAGAAAUGUAUGUAAUGUGAAUCUACAAAACAAUAAUCUCACCUCAUUCAGUGGAUUAAUCUAUCUGCCUAAGGUGAAGGUCUUAUGCCUCAACUAUAAUCAUAUUGAAUCAAUCAUGCCCAGACUAAAACCUCAGACUCACUUGACCAACAGACAGCUACUCUACCAGAAAGUGCCUUCCAGUGGCUAUGGACAGCAAGGAACUUCAAAAAUAAACAGAGAUACAACAAACAGUGAAAAUUUGCCUCCAAUAAUGCAUAGUUUAGAAGUUCUUCAUUUGGGCUAUAAUGGAAUUUGUAAUUUAAUUCAGCUACAGCUUAAUAGACUAAGAAAUUUAAAAUUCCUCUUUCUACAAGGGAAUGAAAUCAGCCAAAUUGAAGGGCUUGACAAUUUAGUAGUCCUUCAAGAAUUGGUAGUGGACCAUAACCGCAUCAGAGCACUUAAUGACAGUGCCUUUGCCAAACCAAGCUCUCUGUUGGCACUUCAUCUGGAAGAAAACAGACUACGAGAGCUGAGCAAACUACAAUCUUUGGUAAAACUUGAGAAACUCUUCCUAGGAUAUAAUAAAAUACAGGAUAUGACAGAACUGGAAAAACUUGAUGGUAUCUCUUCUCUCAGAGAGCUUACAGUUUAUGGCAAUCCAAUUUGCAGAAAAACACUACAUCGCCACAUGCUCAUAUUUCGGCUGCCUAACUUACAGAUGUUAGACGGAAUACCUGUGAAUUCAGAUGACAGGGCAAAAGCUGAAUUUCAAUUCUCUGAACUACAAGCAAAGAAAACUUCGGUCAUGAUCUCACAGUUUGUGACUUUAAGCCCACGUCGGACUUUGGGCUGACAGCAAGAAGCCUGCUUCAGAUCCUCUGUCUCCCUCUCUCUCUGCCCCUCCCUGCUUUCUCUCUCAAAAGUAAAUAAAUAUUAAAAAUAAAAUAAAAUAAAAUCUGUGUACCUCUUGCUCAAUAUGUGAGAUAAUGCUAGAAGGUAAGAAACUAUGACAUAUCACUUCUAUAAACAGAAAUUAACAAACUCUUUCAGUUUAGCACAUAGGAAGGGAAGGAAGGAAUUCUGACCUCAACACUCUGGACUAUGUAGUUCAUCUAACAAGGGAGAUGUGUGCUUCUUUCUUGUCGGCCAGAAUAAUUGUGCCUUUUACCCAUGAACGCUAAAAAGGUAUCUGACCAUGACAUGAAAGAGUUGAGAGAGAGAAGCCACAAAGCAUACCAUUAGGAAAUUCUGUCCUUGGCCACCAGGAUUCUUCAUGACCAUCCUCCAAAGACUAAACUUAACCCAGAAAAGCUAUAGUUUUUGAACAAAGAAGUAACCUUAUUAGAGCUGUGCCUUUGCAAGAUUUGAGAAAGAAGAGGCUGGAAGCAGGGAAACCAGUUAAGAGGCUUUUAGAGAUUAUGAAGACCUAGACUAGGGUGGGGCAGUUAAGAAGGUAAGUGAACCUCUAAAGUAAGUGAAAGCCAGAGAGCAAGGACAUCAGUCAGUUAACAAAUAACACUUUUGAAACUCAUAUUGAAAAGAAAAGAAGAUUACCAUAGAUGCUUUUACUUAAUCAAUGGAUUACCCAGCACUCUCCAUCCCUUCUGUAAAAUAAAUCGAUUCCCAGAGCACACUGGAAGUUUGAUAUUAGAAGGCUCUUCUCCAGCCCACUUCUGCCUUCAGCAGAUUUACACAUUUAUCAAGAGCUGGCUGUUUUGUCAAAAACUUAUAUGUCAGUUCUUUUAUCUUAAAAAGCCAGAUAUGCUAUAAAUGCAAAUUUUAAAUUACUAUUUGUAUAUUUCUAUGAUAACCAAAAUAGGGUACUUUGGAAAAUCUGGAUAAAGAUCAAUCACACACACACACACACACACACACACACACACACACACACACACACACAAAUAGUGUCAAAUAGGUUAGGAGGAAAAUCUUGUAAAAAAUGGGAGAAAAUUAUAAAAAUUCAAACACAAUAUGUGGGAAAAUUAUUUUAAAAAUUCUUGUGUUCAAAUUUUCUCCACAUGUCUUUAAAUUCUUACUACUUUAAAGAAACCAAAACUGGAAGUUGUAGGCAAAACAUUAAGGAUAGCUUUAUCUAAGAACAAUGAGAUAAAAUACCAAUCAAGGGACUCUUACAGAAAAGGCCUUAGCCAUCACAAGAUUCAUGAGCUCAUGUACAUUUAUGUUUUAUGACUAAAAAAUAGGGGU